ACUGACACUUCGAGGAAAAGACUAAAAUCGAAGUUCAAAAUGUUGUGGAUUAUGAGACCGUUUACAGCACUGCUCUUUCUCGCCUAUUCACAAGCAGGAGAGGAUGAUGAUAUUCGAGCUGGCUGUAGCACAGCAGUUAAUGACCUGGUCUACAUCAUUGAUGGCUCCUGGAGCGUUGGAGAUCAAGACUUCAAAACAGCAAAGCGGUGGUUGAUCAAUGUCACAAGCGGAUUCGACGUGAGUUCACACUACUCACAGGUGGGUGUAGUACAGUACAGUGACACCCCGAGAUUGGAGAUCCCACUUGGUGUUCACAAGACCACUCCUGAUCUUAUUGAAGCCAUCAAGCACAUCGAAUACUUGGGUGGAAACACGCAGACAGGCCGUGCCAUCAAGUUUGCCAUAGACCACGUCUUUGCAACAUCACAGCGGAGUGACGUGAAGAAUCGCAUCGCCGUGGUCGUGACCGAUGGAAAGUCGCAGGAUGACGUUGUCGACUCCAGCGUGGAGGCGAGGGCGCAAGGGAUCAAACUUUUUGCGGUGGGUGUGGGAACGGAGAUCACAACGUCAGAGCUUGUGACCAUUGCCAACAAGCCUGCAGGUGACUACUUACUUUAUGCGGAGGACUACACCAAUAUCGACCGCAUUCGUGACGCCAUGGAGCAAAAGCUGUGCGAGGAAUCUGUAUGUCCCACACGUAUUCCUGUGGCUUCCCGGGAUGAGAAAGGCUUUGAGCUGAUGUUGGGAAUGAAGAUCCAUAAGAAGGCUAAGAAGAUACAGGGCUCAUUAGUGUCCGAGACAGCCUAUCUGCUAGACGAAGACAUUGAUGUUACCGAAAACACAAGGGAAAUCUUUCCAGAAGGCCUUCCACCAUCCUAUGUGUUUGUGGCAACUUUGAGGUUGAGAGGACCCUCAAACACAGAAAAGUUUGAUGUGUGGAGGGUGCUGUCUAAAGAUGGACAAGUUCAAGCUGCUGUCACACUAAGUGGAAAUGACAAAUCUGUCAGCUUCACAACCACCAACACGCUUAAUGGCCAACAGAUCAUUACUUUUGAUAGAGGCAUUGAGACACUUUUUGAUGGAAGCUGGCACCAGUUGAAGGUUCUGGUUAGACCCAUACGUGUCACAUUUUUCCUGGAUGACCAGCAGAUCGAGGGCAAAGCUCUGGAACCUGUUGUGCCCAUCUACAUCAAUGGGAAGACUCAGAUUUCCAAACGCUUUGCGUCUGAUGCUACACUUUCUAUAGAAAUCCAGAAACUGAGACUUUAUUGUGAUCCACAGCAAAGUGAGAGAGAGACAGCAUGUGAGAUCUACUCUGUGGAUGAUGAAAGGUGCCCUUUGGACCGUAAGCCCACCAACGACACAGAAGAAGAAUGUGACUGCGAUCAAGGGCAGCCAGGACCACCUGGGCCAGCAGGACCUCCAGGACUAAAGGGUUCCCGUGGUGAGAAGGGACAGGAAGGGUCUCCGGGCCCAGAUGGUAAGACUGGACCCCAAGGGAAAAUAGGAAAGCCUGGAGAGCCGGGCAAACCUGGACAGAAGGGUGACAAAGGUCUACCAGGGCUAAAGGGUAAACCAGGAUUGAAAGGUUUGAAAGGUGAACGUGGAGGACAAGGGUUGCCAGGGAAACAAGGCCGGCCAGGACCUAUGGGAGAGGACGGGAAGAAAGGUGAACAAGGACCUCCCGGAGAGCCUGGUCUAAUGGGGGAAUCUGGAAUCCCUGGCAGUAAAGGAUCACCUGGCUUCAUGGGACCAAAGGGAGAAAAAGGAAAUGUUGGAUUGCCAGGUACAGAUGGACCACAAGGAGUGCCAGGUAUCCGUGGGCUUCCUGGUGAGGUGGGGCCAAGCGGACCACAGGGGCUAAGAGGACCACACGGCCUUAAAGGUUCACCUGGACCAAAAGGAUCUUCAGGCACGCCAGGACCCAUAGGGCCCCCCGGAGCUGAUGGACCUGUCGGCCCCAAGGGUUGUGCAGGUGAUAAAGGAGGUAUGGGUAUUCCUGGUACUCCAGGUCAAAAGGGUGACCAGGGUGAAUUAGGGUUUCCAGGACUUCAAGGUGCUAUGGGCCUUCCUGGAUUUAAAGGACACAAGGGAGAGAGAGGAGAAGCUGGUUCCAAGGGCAUUCAGGGUCUGAAAGGCAACAGUGGGUUACCUGCAGCACCUGGUCCUUCAGGCGAAGUUGGACCCAGAGGUAGCAAAGGAGAGAAAGGUAUUCCAGGUGACCCUGGAGUCAAAGGUACAGAUGGACAGAAGGGGGACAUGGGGCACAUUGGCAUAAUCGGCCCACGUGGGAUUCCGGGUCAGGAUGGAUCAAUGGGGCAACCUGGCAUUCCAGGCAAUCCAGGAAACCCUGGCAAACCUCCAUCUGAUGAGUAUUUGAUGAAACUCUUUGGGGACGUUUUGAGAAAUCAGCUGCUCGAGCUACUGCCGACAAUGGUGCCACAGUUUUGUUGCGAUCCCCCUAAAACUGUUAAAGGACCUCCGGGACAGCCUGGAGCUCCAGGGCCUAAAGGUUCUUGUGGGCCUCCUGGUUAUUCCGGCAGACCUGGCUCUCAGGGCUACCCUGGACCUUCGGGUAUCCAAGGGCCCCCAGGACUCAAAGGAGAUAGAGGUAAUCCUGGAUUUAAGGGCAGUAAAGGAGAGAGCAGGCCAGGACACCCAGGACCUCCAGGAGACACAGGGAUACAGGGUCCUCGCGGUAGUGAUGGCAUUGGUGUUCCAGGUCCUACAGGAAUACAGGGUAAAUCCGGGAUUCCAGGUGUUCCGGGGAAGCAAGGUCCCCCUGGGCCAGCCGGUGUGUGCGACAUGUCCAUCUGCUACCAAGCCUACAACCUCAGGAGAGAACACUACAGUAAAGGGCCUGAUUUCUAACACACACACUCAAGAAACACAUGGGCUUAGGUUGCAGGUCACCAGAAGCGUCACAGUAAAUCCAUCCAGGAAUUGAUUGACGUGCCUUGGGACUUUGUCUGCACACUGACAUGAUGCAGUGUUAUAUUAGCAGUCUUCAGAUAAAAUGUUGGACAUUAUAUUAACAUUUCAAGAAGAGAAACUUUUAAUAGAGUUUGCGUUAACAACAUAUGUUUGGGCAACAAUUAGAAUAGAUGUAAAAUAUGAAUGAAAUGGAUGGUAAUAUGCCAUAAAUGUCUCAGGAACAUGCAUAUGUAUCGGUAUGACUUAUUAAUACCAAAUAAUUGCAUUAUGGGGACGGUUAUCAGAGACAGCGCAAAUUUAUCAUAGCUUAAUGUUGAAACCUUUCAUUGUAUUACUUUUGCAGUUCCUUGUAUGUGUGCAAUAACAAAAAUUGACCAAACCUUAACAUUCGCUAAAAAAUAGGUAUUUUGGCAGUUAAUUGAAGUAACAAGUUUUAUUCAUUACUUCAAUGACAGGCAUUAAAAAAAGCAUGGCCUCUAGAAAUCUAGACAUUUCCAUUUGUUUGCAGGAAGUUCCUGUAUGGGUUCCUUGUGAUUUGUCUGGAAAGAUUUAGACUGAAUAGCUAAGUCUCAACAACAAUCAUAGUUGCUUAUUGAACUGAAUAAUUACAGUGUUGUUAGAUACAGAACAACAAUAGGCCUAUUUCACAAUAUGGCGGCCGAGGCCGGAUGUAGGUAAAACGCAUUUCCGGUGAAAGCUAUUCCGGUGAAAGCCUAUCCAAAACGAUGGCGGAGACUAAAAGUAGUCAGUCUUGUAGCGUGCCUUUGUUUUUAAAUUCAAAGAAAAAAGAACCAUACUUGUUAUUUAACAGCUUUCCGAGCGAUGAAAAUGCAAAAAGCGUUGGAUCUGGGCUAUUCGAAGAGAUGAGUGAGCAUCAUUUACAGUGAGGAGGGGCAGCAGUUUUGUGUGUGCUAUGCACUUCACGGAGAAUGAAGUCCGCGUCC